AUGAUCCGAAGGCAGGCGCGUGAGAGGCGCGACUACCUGUAUCGUCGCGCGCUCACGCUACGGGAUGCCGAGAUCUCGGAGAAGCGGGCAAAGCUCAAGGCAUCGCUCGCCUCAGGCAAACCGUUGGACGCCAGCAUCGCCAGCGACAAGCAGCUGCAGAAAGACUACAAAUACGAUGACUCGCGGGCAGACCGGACGGCGCAGGACGAGCUGGACUUGGACGACGAAUACAGCUAUCUCUCGGGCGUUGUCGAUCCGCGACCAUUGAUCACCACCUCCCGCGAUCCCAGCAGCAGACUCGCAACCUUCUCAAAGGAGAUCAAGCUGUUACUCCCCACCAGCAGUCGCAUCAAUCGUGGCAACAUGAUCCUGCCCAACUUGACCGACUCUGCCAAGGCAAACGGCAUCACCGACAUGAUCCUCCUGCACGAACAUCGAGGCACACCUACCGCCAUGACCAUCUCCCACUUCCCACACGGACCCACAGCAUCGUUCAGUCUGCACAACGUCAUGCUGCGACACGAUAUCCCGAAUUCCUCGAGAGGCACCGUCAGCGAAUCCUACCCACAUCUCAUCUUCGAAGGCUUCACGACGCAGCUGGGGAAGAGAGUGGUCAAGAUUCUGCAGCAUCUGUUCCCACCCCGAGAGGUCACCACGCAACUGGGCACGAGAGUCGUCACCUUCAAGAACAUCGAGGACAGCGUUGAGGUCAGGCAUCAUGUAUUCGUCAAGACAGGCUACCAAAGCGUGGAGUUAGCAGAGGUGGGACCGCGAAUGACGAUGCGCUUAUUCGAGAUCCGACAAGGCACUUUGGAGAACAAGGAGGGUGAUGUGGAGUGGCACAUGAACCAGUACACGAGGACAGCCAAGAAGAAGGACUAUCUUUGA